AGAGACUGCAGCACAGUGUGACAGAAGUGGGGCUUCACCCUAGGUCUUCUGACUCCAGCCCAGGUAGAGAGAUGCCUGGGCACUGGAAGCUCUGUGCAGCAUGCUGAGGAGACGCAACCUUCUCACCACACUUCUGAUUGCCCUGCCAUGGGCUCUUCUCCUCACCUUGUGGCAUCAGUACCCAACCACCCGCUACCUCAGCCUGCUGAGAAAAGAGACAGACGAAAAUGUCACAGCUAAAGCCACCUUCAACAGCACAUCCCCACUGAGAGAGGAGGGGCUCCCAUCCUGCAUCCGGCAGCCGCCCACAGGGGCAGCUCCUCGAAUCAUCCAGAAUUAUGUGUACUCGAGGCCUCCGCCAUGGUCGGACACGCUGCCCACCAUCUUUGUAAUCACACCCACCUACACGCGGCCAGUGCAGAAGGCCGAGCUGACCCGGCUCGCCAACACCUUCCUACAUGUGCAGAACCUGCACUGGGUGGUGGUAGAGGACUCACCCCGGAGGACCAACUUGGUGUCCAACCUGCUGGAAAAGGCAGGGCUCAACUUCACACACUUGAACGUGGAGACCCCCAAGAGUCUGAAGGUGGGCCUGUCUUGGAUGCCCUCUCACACCCCAAGGGGGACGCUGCAGAGGAACUUGGGGCUGCACUGGCUGAGGGAUAGCUUCAGCCACACGCCACCACCUGAAGGAGUCGUGUACUUUGCCGACGAUGACAACACCUACAGCCUGGAGCUCUUUGAGGAGAUGCGCUACACACGGCGGGUGUCCGUCUGGCCUGUAGCCUUUGUGGGAGGCCUGCGGUAUGAGUCCCCCAAAGUGAGCCCCUCAGGGAAGGUGGUGGGCUGGAAGACAGUUUUUGACCCUAACCGACCCUUUGCGAUCGACAUGGCAGGCUUUGCCGUUAGCAUCAGACUGAUCCUGGAGAAGCCCCAGGCCAGUUUCAAGCUGGAGGGAGUCAAGGGAGGCUACCAGGAAACCAGCUUGCUGAAGGACCUGGUGACGAUGGAUGGACUGGAGCCCAAAGCUGCCAACUGCACAAAGGUUUUGGUCUGGCACACACGGACUGAGAGGCCAACACUGGUUAAUGAAGGCAAGCGUGGUUUUACGGACCCACGGGUAGAGGUAUAAAAUGGCAUUAUGGCCCCAGGAUGGGCACUGGGGAGAGUUUACUUCAUAGGUGUUCCAGCAGCAGACUCUCACGUUGCCAGCUCUGCCCAGCUCUCUGUUACAACAGUGGAGGAGGAUGCUGCCCACCAGGUCAUGACCAUGUCUACCAGCUCCCCAUUGUCCCAAAGCUAGUAAAAACCAGGGGCAGAGCUGAUGUGGUACCAUGUGGCCAUAUGGAAUUUCACCUUUGACUUAAGCACUAGCCACCAGUCCUUGGCUGAGAGAUCCAUCUACGGGAGUCCUAUGUUUUUAACCACUGGCUGGAAGAUGACUUUUUAAGGUACAAUCUAAAAUCACUGCUGUGCCAUCUCUGGCCUAAAGAAACAUCACCCAGGCUUCUUUUGGAGACCAGGGCUCUCCAUGCCACUGAGAAGCCUCUGAAAUUGCCUGCUCUGAGGACAUGAAACCUGAGCUUCCUCAAAGCUGUCACAAGCUAUGAUAGUUCAGAGGAGGGAGAUGUUGUGAAAACACAAUGAUAAAUCUGUCUGCUUUAAAAACCACUUAAGAACAAGCCCAACUUGAGGGGACCUUCCCCCGAGGGUGCAAGCCUUGAAGGACUGUCUCUGUCUGGCCCGCAGCUCAGGCUUUGGACUUGGGACAGAGGUGAGGUUACAGCAUCUCAUACUGCAUUUGGAAGUUCUCAGAAGUACUUGGGCACUUCCUCUCUUGGUAUUCAAGGUGCCCAGGUGCUAAUUUGGGCGUCUUGGCUGAGGACUAUCUAACUUCAGGCUUCAUGUUUGCAAACUUGGGCCACACAGCAUUGCAUUCCAAGAGGUGGAGUUUGUUGGAUAAACACCCUCUCCCAUGCCAGGGAGAGGCAGUAGAUCUGCUAGAAAUUGUGUUUCCCCAUGUCAUGUGUGUGCAUGUUCUCCCAGACACUGAAAAGCAGGGACAGUGCCAGGAUGGACUUUAAAUUAUUGCCAGAGCACUGGGAUCCUUGUUGCACUAGCACCAGAUGUUUGAGUUGAUCAGCUGCUUUGGGUCUUAAACGCAGUAUCACCCCCCAGGCUCCAGCUCAGAAAUGUUGCCUCUGCACAGUGAAGUGGCAGUGAGUGAGCAGCAUUCAGCAGCAAAGAAACCAGAGGUUUUAUCACCCCUCUAUGAGAACAUCAGAGAGAUGAGGAACAACAUCAAGAGACCAAUGCUAAGUAACCGGGACCCUUAAUGACAACUAAGCAGCUGUAAGCAUGAAGGGAAUCAAAUACAGUGGAGACUCUGAGUGAAACUGUGAGAGGAGUAAUUAGCUAUGUGAGCUGAGAGAAGGGUCAGAGUCUGAUCCGGAGGAGUCCUUCUUCCCCCAGCAGAGGAGAGGUAGCUGGGGCAUUGGCCAGACAUAGGUAGCCUAGAGGAGCCUCAGAGAAAGAGGUGACCAUUGAGGCAGGUGUGUGAGCAGUAUUUAAAGCACAAGUGUCUGUACUGUGGGGAAGGGAUUGUCUCUCAUACUCCUGGAGGAAGACUUCACCUGAUCAAACCUCAAGAACCCUCUAAUCAUACCUGGAAGACCAUCCUUACUCACAGAGGAGGAAGGUUUGGGGACUAAUGAGCCACCCUCUCCAAAAAAAACAACCCAAACCCUGAGCUGGCAGGAGACUUAUUUAUUUGUUGGCUUAUUUAUAUUAUGGUUCUGUUCUGCCCAUUCUCUAUUUUCUAGCCUGGAUCAUCUGACCUGUUUCUGAAGAAUGAGAAUUUUUCCCCUGCCAUACUAAACUCUUUCAGCUCCUACAGAGGAAUGGCAGAUUUUGUGUUCCCUGCUGAAAUGUCAUAUGUUUCAUGCUCCCUGCGGGGGUUUUAACUAGUGUCUUAAACCAGCAAAAUAAUCAGAAGCACAGUAAUGGGGGGAGUAAGUUUCAAGGAAAUAAAGUUAUUGUAUGUGGUAGGCAUGUAUGAAACUAAGGCUGUGCCAAGUUUCCCAGCCCCCAGCAGGUGCCUUGCGGGCUGAAUGUAUACAGGCAGCCGCCCCCUCAGAAGACAGACCCCAAGGAAUCUUGGGAAGCUUCCAAGAAAAGGACUUAACCUAUCUGGGGGGUAGACACAGGCUUUGUUCCCUUAUGCAUAGAAGUCAGUAGCAAAACUCCUCCUUCACUUCAGUGGGAGUUGGAUGAGGGCCAGGGUGUUAAGGAGUGGGGGGGUGAAGAAAGAAGCAAGAAGAGUCUUAUCUGAGCAAAGGGCAUGAAAAAUAAAGAGAUGGAUUGCAAACAGAGAUUCCUGAGUUUGACUUCAGUCAGUGUUCAUCCUCAUUGCUGAUGGGCCAUUCCAUUGGCCGUCUCAGCUUGAAGAAAUGAAUGGAUCACGGAGACUGAACUCCCCUCCUGUCCCUUGAAAGAGCUCUUCAGGGGCAGCAGCCUGGACAGCCAGGGGACAAUGCUGUACCAUUGCCCAUGCUUCCCCUGUCUUUAAUGCCGAUGUCUUCCAUCUCUAAGAUGGUCACUUGCCUGGAAUCCGUCCUUCCUUUCUCACCUGAUGAGGGGCUGGGAGUAGGCCUGCCAUUCUUCUGGGCUCUGCUCACCAACCUGAGUCAUCCAAUAAACUGUCUCCUAAAUUCACAUUGCUUUCAAUAAAUGGGCAUGAGAAGCAAAAUGAAAGAACCAAUUUAGCAUCUUCCAUGUUCACGUGAUGGGAAGGCAGGACCUCUACCAACAAGAAAAAGGAAGUGACAGUGUUCAGUAACUCCCUAGACUUCAGCUAAGGAGAACUUAAGUUCAAAGUCAGCUAAGUAAAACAAUAGAGCCACUUCAAGUACCUAAGAGGUAGUACUUAUUGGGCCCUCAUCACCCCUUUUGUCAGUCAAUAUAGGUAAUACCAGCUCCCUAGGUGAAACAAGCUAUACCUUUGAACGUAUAAUUGUUUCCACAUUAGGGCUUUUGUUGGCAUUUGUCAGCUAGCUGCUGACAAAAAAUAUACACUGGCAGGAAGAUCACAGCCCUAUCUCGCAGGGCUCCACUGGCAACACUUUUAAUAGAGAUCAGGCCUAAGUGGUAGAGCCAGAAACUAAACUCAGAUUCUUUUCAUGACAGCCCAGAGUCCCCAGUCAAUGUUGUUUCUAUUUCUGCUAGACUGUGUGUCUACUAGGGAGCAACCAUUUAGAACUAUCCAGUGUAAUGGAUUGUUUCUUGGUAGACCAGACCCAGGUCAGCAGGGAGGGGCUAGCUGUCAUGUAGGAAUUCAAGUAGGUUUGCAGAGCUAUGGAGAAGCCAAUGGCUUGAAGAGCAAUAGGUACCUUAGGUUAGGAUGGCUGUGCAUUAGCAGAGUUUGCAAGUGAGGGGUCACAAGAGUGGAGCAGCAGUGGGAGCUACAGAUCAGCUUGAAAUUGCAUAGUCAAUGCUGGGAAGCUGCCUAAAGUGCCAGGCAAAGCAUCUCACCACCUGGUUUUAACUAGCAUCUUAGUGUCUGCCUUUUAUAUUCUCGAAGAUUUAUCAGAUUCAGUAAACAAUGGAUAUUAUUAACCUUUCCUGUUCCAGAAAAUAAUAUCAUCAAGAAAGAGAAUGUCAAGGAAGUCAUUUUUAAUGGUUAUUUAUUUAUAAUGAAUGGUACUAGAGUAUUAUUAAACAUGAUGUGAAAUAACAG